AUGUCUAGUCCUAAUAGCUCUAGACCAUCCAGCGCCUCAAGCGCCUCAUCGGAAGACUGGCAUGGUCGUAUAUACGGCGGGCAUAAGGUCUGCUGUGAGCGGUGCUACGAUGGCCAUCGAACUAGGUCAAAGUGCGAUCCCACGCAUCCAGGGAUGCUGAUUGUUCUGAGGAAGAGGUCAGGCCGUCCUAAGGGGGCUACUAGGGGGACAGCCACUAUCCCAGCCCUCAUCCUCCAAGACGGCACCUUUUUGCCAGAGACAAAGGUAAAGGUCGGGCAUACAAAGCGCAAAGAUAAGGAGCUGCGCGACCGUCGAGUAGCCCUCCAUCACAAGGAGGAAGCACGAAAGCGGUCAAAUCAGGGCCAAGGUCUGGAUAUGCAGCCGAUGGCCCAGGGCAAUGGGUUCUCCUGCGAGAACCCAAAUAUGUUCUUGAACCAGACACGGGGUUUCCAACAGCUAAGACCCGUGUCUGGGGGUAUGGCUAACAUCCAGGUUGAUGCCAUACCGAUGCCCGCCAAUGCGAUGAGCGACAAUAUGCCCAAUCUUUUCCCCCAGCCGAAUCAGCAGAUGAUGGUUGCUAUCGAUCAGGUUGUCCCCUCGGUCGCACCCGCUUUUGCUCCCGCUCCCACUCCUGGCUUUGGCCUCCCUGCCAGCCUUCCCCUUCGCUCUCACGCUCAUCCUCACCAUCAGCAUCAGCGUUUCUUGACAAAUCAGCAAGGUCCUGUUCAGGGCGCCAAUGUUGACAACUACGAUUUUGUCAGCCUUGACCUAAGCUUACUAGAUAGCCCCGAGUUCUGGAGGAACUGGGCCCAGAGAAUCCUGAGCCCUUUGUCCUAG